AUGGCAUCGCGCUUUGUCUCGGCUGGCGCUAUCGAUGCUGCCACGGGCGAGGCAACAGCCGCUGCGGCCCCGCCGCCGGCGUCGUCCGACAACACGGACCGGAAGGGCAACGAGUGGCUCGAGGUGACCAAGCAGCUCGAGGCCGACCGGCGGCGGCGCGACGAGGCGCGCCAGGCCGCCGCCACCGCCGCCGGCCCCAAUGGCGAGCGCACACUGUUCGACGUACUGCAGGCGAACAAGGCCGCCAAGCAAGCCGCCUUCGAGGAGGCCCACCGCAUCCGCAACCAGUUCCGCGCGCUCGACGACGACGAGAUUGACUUUCUCGACGACGUGCGCGCCAGCCGCCGCGCCGACGAGGAGCGCCUGCGCCGCGAGACCGAGGCCGGCCUGCAGGCGUUCCGCGCUGCCCAGAUGAAGACGGCCGCUACUGCUGGUGGUGGUUCUACGUCGCUGGACGCGCUAGACGGCACCGGCGGCGGCGCGGACGACGUGGGGGAAGGAGGAGCAGAGGACGACGACCACUACGAAGAGGAGUGGGCGGCCGGUAGCGGGCGGAAGCGGCGGCGCUCGGAAAAGGACCGCGACAAAAAGAAGCGUGUCAAGGGCCUGCUCGUCGGCGGCGCCGCUAUCAGGAGGCAGUCGACGGCGGGGAGCGCGCAGGACGCUACCGAGAAGCCGAAGGCGAAGCUCGUAGCAGAGGCGGGGACCGAGAAAGUAGCUCCCGGUCCCAAGAAAGUAGACGCCGGUGAGAAGACAUCACCACUGCCACCACCGAGCGCGGCCAAACCGUCGCCGCCGGCACUAGCGAAAAAGUUGGGCGGGCUCGUCGACUACGGCUCCUCGGACGACGAUGACGACGAUUGA